ACACGAGAGAGCAGGGCGCGAGGAAGUGCAGGAGGAGCGGUCGGAAGAAUGCGUGGAAAGAUUUAAGUCUAAUCGUUUUAAAAUAAUGGCACGCGCUCCAUAACUGCGCAGAUUUUUAUCACACAGCACGAUUGCGCAGUUGAUUGUGGAGUUUUGAGGCAAACCCAAAGGCGAAAACAUGGCAAACGACGAGACGCUUCGCUCGUUGAUGUUUACGCUCAGUUACGUGCUGAUGAAGAGGCGACGGGACGUCACGAGCGCGGACGCUCAGCGGCGACGCGAGGUGCAGCGGCGCGUCACACACAGACAGUAUUUCCAUCAGAAACAAAAGAGGAUGCUCAUGAUGAUGAUCGCUCAAACGUCUCGUCCAGUCAGUGACAUACCAACACGUCCUACACGUGUGUGGAGCAACAUAGAGAGCACCGAUUGGUGGGAGCGGGUGGUCAUGAGGGAGUUCCAGCCCUCCGAUUGGCUUGAGAAGUUCCGCAUGACUAAAGAGACGUUCUUUCUUCUAUGCGGUAAACUGAAGCCUCGUCUGAAUCGUCAAGACACUAGACUCCGCCCUGCGCUGCCUCUUGAGAAGCGGGUCGCCGUGGCGUUGUGGCGCCUCGCCUCGAAUGUGGAGUACCGUACCAUUAGCACCCUGUUUGGCGUGGGACGAUCCACCGUCUGUAAGUGCGUGCGGGAUGUGUGCCACGCCAUCGUGUUGCUCCUGCGCCCACUUUACCUUCGCACACCCAGCGAGCAGGAGUUGGAGGAUGCGGCCCGACUGUUCGCCACCCGCUGGGGAUUCCCACACUGCGUCGGUGCGGUGGGCAGCCUCCACGUACCCAUCAUCGCGCCGUCCAGCAACGCCGACAACUACUGGAACAGCCGCGGUUGGCUGUCUGUGGUCACGCAGGGCGCCGUCAACGGUCUGGGCCAGUUUUGGGACGUGUGCGCCGGGUUCCCGGGCAGCACUGAGCACUCCGCCAUCUUGCAGAACUCCACCUUGUGGGGGCGCGCUUGCGACGGUGGCUUUUUGCUGCAUGACCCACCCUUGAACUUUAUGGGCCGCCCGCUGGGGUACCUGAUGCUUGGGGAUGCUGGAUACGCUCUGAAGAGCUGGUUAAUAAAGAGCUACCCAGAGUCCGGAGAGCUCACGGCAGGCCAGAGGGCCUUUAAUCGCAAACUGGAGCGGGCGCGGAGCGUUGUUGACGACGCCUUUUUGCGGCUGCGGGCGCGCUGGCAGUGCUUGUUGAAGCGUAACGAUUGCCGCAUGGACGUGGUUCCAACCAUGAUACUGGCGUGCUGCGUCCUCCACAACGUGUGCGAGGUGCACGGGGACGAGUUUGACGAGAGGUGGGAGGAGGCGGUGCGACACGAGGAGAGCCCGCAGCCUGCUGACGAGGUGUCGCCAUCCGCCGAUGACCCGGACGCAGAGGAAGUCCGAGCACUGUUCUGUGACUACUUUUUGCAGCAGGAGAACCAACAAAGAACGUUGGCUUGCUAAAUACUGGAGAAGCUGUUUAGAUGUAUUUUUAUAGUGUGUCGUGUUGUAAGAAUAUUGUUGGGUGUUUGAGAAAGAUACAUAACUGUUAUAAAUGUGAUCAGACUUUCAAUUUGUUUUUGGGAACGGCAGCGUAUGCACACAGCAGCGUCCGGGAAUGUUCAAGGAAAUUUUGGGCAAAAAUGAAAAUCUGAUCAUCGUUCACUCAAGUAAGCUCAAGAAUAUCUGUGUGCCGGUACUUUUUGGAAAAUCUUCACAUGGCUCAUGCAUACAUUUUGUGCACAGUGAAUUCAUAUGAACCACAUACGCAUCUUAUUUAUAACAUCAUGAACAUGAUAGUUUUGUCAUGUGAUCAUUUUAAGCAUCCUGACUGCGUUCAUAUCAGAUGUGAAUGAAGUGAAAAAAAUUACGUUUACAUUUUUUCAAAUUACAUUUGAGCAUUAACUCGCUUUGUUCAGACAUGCAUACCCUCAAUUUGCCGACUUUAGCUAGUUUGUAGUCUCAGUGUGUAUCUGAAAUUAAGUACAGAGCGUUUUUUACAACUUACCAGAUUGUUCAAACUCCUCACUCACUUUCUUUCAAGCUAGAUCCUUUUUAUUCCCGUUUCUAUAAAAGUAGGAAGAUGUGUCGUCCUCCAUUGUUGUUUCAUAUUUCUGCUUCCAUUUGUUACGUCAUAAUCACGUCACUACUAGAGCAUUAGCUCUUGAUUGGUUAAAGUUCAGAUUUUUCGCCUGUUUAAUUCGAAUCACGUGUUACACGCAUCAAACGCCCGAAUCGCAUCGCAGGAUGUUUAUUGCUUCUUUGCAUGUUAUGCUGCAUACACACCAAACGCGAACCAUCAUGUUUCUUGCUUUAGAUUUUAUUGCUGUAUUUAACUUUGUGUUUUUAGCUUGAGUUGAAUAUUUUCAACUUGCGCGUAGAUGCGUUUGAGGUGAAUAGCGUGUGUUUUUGCAGCAAUCGCGCCACCCAGUUAGUGUCACUUGCAUCACUUUGCAUUUAUUUGCGUCUUUGCACUGACUUUGUAUGUAAUCUACUCGCACAAAUCAAUGAUUUUGCGUUUGGUGUGUACGCUCCAUGAGGUUCUGCAUGAGUCCUUUAUGAUUUAAUUUCCUGUUUUUCUUAUUUUACAUGAGUGGCGUCCUGACUGUGCAUUGUUACACGAUGGCAUGUUUUGAUACAUGUUAUAAAACAAAACUGCCUAUUUCUAAGGGGUUUGACGGCUUAAUGUAGUAUUUUAAACUUUUUAUUUUUCUUUAUUACAACUUCCAUCACCAUCUAGACAAGUUGGGCUUUGACUUGAAAUCAAAAUCAUGUUCAUUAUGUCAUAGUUGCAUUCAUGUCAUUCAACGUAUAAAGUAAUUUUUUUGUGUGUAUAUUUAAUUAAAUCCCAAAUAAAUCCAUGUUUGACCCAAACAUUUAGACUUUAUGCUGACUUUUAUAAACUCUAUGAGGCGGUUUCCUGGACAGGUCUUAUCCUACUCCCAGACUAAAAUCCAUUUGAGCUGCCUUUAUGUAAAAACACCUGUACUGACAUAUCUUAAAGGAGACAUUUCAUGAAAAUCUGACUUUUUCCAUGUUUAAGUGCUAUAAUUGAGUCACCAGUGCUUCUAUCAACCUAAAAAAAUUGAAAAAGAUCAACCCAGUAACUUAGUUUUGGUAAACCAUUCUUUGCAAGCAUGUGAGAAAAAAGGCUAUUGAAAUUUGACUCCCCUUGUGAUGUCAGAAGGGGAUCUUAUUAUAAUAAUACCAUCCCUUAAUCUGCAUUAUCCAACCACGGCACUGCAAUUUAGUGCAGAGUCAGAGACUUAAAUUGACGGCACAAUUCAGUUUCAAUUUCAACAAACCACCAUUAUGGUGAUCAGUGUUUGCAUUUUCAUCAGCUCAUUUUCAUUUUAAUGGACACACACAAAAUUUUAACAUGUUAUAAUAAAUUAUCUGUGGGGUAUUUAGAGCUAAAACUUCACAUAUGCACUCUGGGGACAGCAAAUAUUUAUUUUACAUUUUAUUACAAGGUAUUGUGAAAUAUCCCCUUUAACAUACACGAGUGCCAUUGUUUUGUCUCAAGAUGCACACACAAGUAUUGUUGUUUUUUGUGAGGAUUGCUCGUAAAAACGACUUAAAUGUCCUAGUCCUGGAUUAAUCUAUAAGACCCUGUCUGGGAAACGCCCCUAUUUGUUUAUGUUUAUUCUGUAUGAUCAAUAUUUACUGCAGUUGUUGCAUGUUUUAUUGGACUAACAGCACGUGCCAUCUGUCGGUUAGGAACAGAAAUGAAGGCACAAGAUUAUGGUGUGGAUUAAAUCUGUUGAUUUGUUAAAAUGAAAGACGAGGGUCAUAAUAAGGUCAAGGGGCAUUAAACAUGAUGUAAUCUAUAGACGGGAGAAUAAUACAGUGAUGAGUAUAUAUGCAGUUGUACUAAUCUGUAUGUAACCUGAGGCAAACAUGUUUGUUGUAACUCUCUUAUGAAAGUGAAAUCUGGCGGAUUAUCUGUCUGGAGAAAGAGAUAGAAGCGCUUUUAGGCGCAUGCGCACACGCUGUCACCGCUCUUCAUAUGUAGCGAUAAUAUGAAUGCAGCAGAAGUUACCUGGAACCACACGCGCAGCAGGAGGUCAUCAUGAUACAUCCCAUCAUGAUCAGCAUCAUCGUGGUCAACACAUCCAUGACCGUCUUCUUCUGGGCCUUCAUGCUAUCAGAGGUCUUCUUCAAAGAGGCUGAAGUCGACGAACCCAAAGCCACAGCUGCGAUCAAACCAGUGUAACGUCUGUCAAACAUGUAGAGAUGACACGAGGCUUCGUAGAGCUGCAUCUUUAUUAAGUUUACUUUUAGUUUUUGGACUUUUUCUCUGUUGUUGUUUGUAAUAAAAAGCGAAAUUUUGGAAUAUUGUGCUGGAUACUUUGCUCCAGAUUUAGAGUCAUUGGGAAGAAAAGCUACAGAUUACAGCGUUAACUUUAAUGAUUGGAUGUCGGGUUGUGGAUGUGAUGCUGGAUGACGAAGAAAGGUCAAAUCUGACCAAAGUUCUUCCAGGAUUCAUGUCCUCCAAACAUCAAUCAAACAUCAUGAUGGCUUAACAUUUCCUUACAAUCACACAUCUCCAACAUCAUUAUAUCACACACUAUACUGUAAAAAGUGAAAGUUGGAUCUGCUUAAAUAAUAUUUAAAUUGGUAACACCUUAAAAUGUAACUUUUUAACUUAAAAUUUUCACUUAAACUGAGAAAAUUUCAGUUGAAAAAAAAAUUUUUUCUCUAGGUGUUACCAAUUGAAGUGUGUUUUUUUUUUUUAAGUUAAUCCAACCUUUUCACUUUUUACAGUGUAUAGCAUAUGUGUUGCAAAAUAUUUACUGUUUCUAUUUCAGUGCUAAAUGUUAUUAGGCCAGACUCAUGCUUUAAUGCUGCUAUAGAUAAGAAACUUGAAUCGUGUUUGUGAAAAAAUCAGGUUAUUGUGAUGAACCGUUAUGAUGCACUGUAAAAAAAAAAAAUUUUAAUUGCAAAAAAUAAAAAAAAUCCUACAGUAAAAACCUGUUAAUUGGCUAUCUCUAAUUUAUGGUGAAAACAGUAAAAGGAGUUCUAACAAUUCCCAGCGUUUAAUGGUAUUUCAUUUAAAUGAUUAUGUUUCCUCUUAUAUUUUUUUACCAGUUUCAUACAUUAGUUUUUGUUACACUUGGUGUUGUGUAAUUAAUGUUUAUAGCAUUAUUUUCAUGUCACAUGUGUUACCAUCAUGGAGUUUUCUGUUCACGAUCUCUACAUGUGGCUGUCCACUUUACCAUCUGUUUACCACCUGUAUGCCACUGUAUAGUUUUUAACUGAAAAGUGUUGACAUGUUUCCUGUACGUUUUUACGGUGGUUUUCUGGCAACCACAGCUGCCAGUUUUUUACCGUAAAAAUGACAGAUUUAAUUUUUUUUACAGUGUGUCAACAAUGUGAGUAAUAUGAUCUGUGACAUUAAAAUCUUGACAUCACUCUGUGUAAGACAAACUACACAAAUGUACUGUAGGAUUAUGUAUAUAAAAGGGUGACGGUGAAGAUUUUCCUUAUUAAAUGAACAAACAGC